AUCCAGUUUAAUAAACGACAUUCAUACGCAAGCAGAGCACUACCGAUAGAAUUUGUGAUGAUUUAGGUUUGUAAACUCAUGCAGAUACCAACAAAAUGGCGGAUGCUGCUGCGCGUUCACUUCAGUAUGAAUAUAAAGCGAACUCCAACCUUGUAUUACAAGCUGACACUCGACUCAUUGAAAGACGGCCUAGAGAUGAAGCCACUGGAGAAGUUGUUUCUCUUAUGGGAAAGUUGGAAGGAACCAGAAUGGGUGAUCGUUAUCAAAGAACCAAACCAGCAAAAAAUGAAGAAAAGAAAAUAAAGAAACAAAAAAAAGAGGACAUUGCUAGGUAUGAUUUUACCAAAUUGAAAGGACAGAGCCUAUUGACAGAAGGAAUAGAAGAUGUGGUUGGCAUUCUGUACCGUCCUAAAACCUCUGAAACAAAACAAACUUAUGAAAUUUUGCUGAGCUUCAUUCAAGAAGCCCUUGGAGAUCAGCCUAGAGACAUCCUGUGUGGUGCUGCAGAUGAAGUGCUAGCAGUGUUGAAAAAUGAGAAGAUGAAAGAUAAGGAACGGAGAAGAGAGACAGAAAGCCUUCUUGGUUCCUUAGCUGAAGAACGGUAUGCUGUAUUAGUAAAUCUUUGUAAGAAGAUCACAGACUAUGGUAGAGAUGAAAAAACGCAGGCCAUUGAAGAAAAUAUUGAUGAAACAUACGGUGUCAAUGUGCAGUUUGAGGAGUCUGAUGAUGAGGAUGAUGAAAUGUGUGGAGAGAUAAGAGAAGAUGAUUCAAAUGAUGAGAACGAAGGCGAAGAGGCUACUAUUGACUCGAGGCUUCAAGCCACAAAUCUUGGUGUGGGUCAGGAGUCUGGAUCUAAAGGGACCAAACCUUUGCAUCCUCGUGAAAUAGAUGCUUAUUGGUUGCAACGAAAGUUAAGUAAAUUCUACGAUGAUCCAGUGGUGGCUCAAACAAGAGCAGGUGAAGUUCUGGAAAUUCUCAAGACAGCUAUUGAUGAUCGAGAUAUUGAAAAUCAACUUGUUUUGUUGCUGGGCUUCAAUCAGUUUGAAUUCAUCAGAGUUUUGCGCCAGUACAGAGAUAUGAUUUUGUACUGCACCCUUUUGGCCUCAUCCCAAAGUUCAACAGAAAAAACUAAAAUUAGAGAAAAGAUGCAAGGGGACCCUGAAUUGGAAAAGAUUCUUCGACAACUAGAAGAUACUGGAAAAGAAGACAUAGUUCAG